AAGUAAUUUUUGCUCGACAAUCAAAAUGAAAAACCAAAACAAACCGGCGUGGCUGCGAUUGUCGCGAUUGCUUCUUUUUUAAAUUUGAAUUUUAUUUGUUUCGUCAAGAUUUCUGUUCAACGGCGAUGGAGGAUUUUUGUCGCGAGUGUCCAAAAAUCGAACUUCACGCUCAUUUAAAUGGAUCGUUGAGCGAACGCACGAUCCAGAAAUUGAGUCACCUGGAAGGUGCCCCGCACCUUUACGACGAGUGGCAGGUCGCCAUCAACCACGGGCAGCACAGGACCCUUGCAGAGUGCUUUGAAAUGUUCAAAGCCGUGCACGCCCUGACAGUGACCCCCGAGGCUGUCAGGUUGGCAACUUCGGAUGUCAUCACUGACUUUGAGAAGGACGGGGUCAUCUACCUUGAGUUGCGCAGCACACCUCGCGAGGUCAAAGGUCGCAUGAAUAAGGAGCAGUACGUCGACGCCAUCAUCGAUGCCAUCUUGUCACACCAGGGCAGCAUCGUGGUCAGGUUGCUGCUGUCGGUGGACCGUCGUCAGGGUCCUGCAGAGGCGGAACACACCCUGAAAAUCGCCCUCGACGCCAGAAAGAAGCACCCUGAGUUGGUGGUCGGUCUGGACCUGAGCGGCGACCCGACGGCAGGUGCCCUCGACCUUUUCUUGCCCACCCUGAGCAAGGCCAGAGACCAAGGACUGGGCGUCGUCGUGCACUGCGGAGAGGUCCCGAACAACCCUGAGGUGAUGGAAAUGCUUAGGUUCGCGCCUGACAGGUUGGGCCACGUGACCUGCCUGCACCCUGAGCUGGGCGGCUGCCAGCAACAGUGGGACGCGCUCCUCGCUUCAAAAAUUCCAGUUGAGGUUUGCUUGACCUCAAACCUGAGAUGCAAAACGGUUCCCACUUAUGAAAAGCACCACUUGCGCCACCUCUUGAGUGCUGGACACCCGGUGGCCCUCGCGACGGACGACAAGGGCGUUUUCUGCUCCGACUUGUCCGCCGAGUUCCUGGUGGCGGCCAAGACCUUUGACCUGAGUCAACAUGACCUUCGAAACCUGAGUCUGGCCGCCGUCAACUUCUGCCUCGCGCCUCCGGAACUAAAAGAAAAACUCCGCCUUCAUUUUGAUUGAAAUUCAGAUCGUCAUUAUUAUUUUUACCAAUAUAAAGCACAUGACAAAUUGUCAGAUGACCAAGUCACCGUAAAAAAAUCUCUUUCCAAAUAUUUCCCAUCCAAAUUUAUUUUGGUAUCAAGUGUGACACGUCGAUGGAAAGGUCAGGUCACAAAAAAUUGAUUUGUGAAAAAUUCUCAAUUUACGGAAUCAAAAUUAGAAAACCUGCUGUGGUAGGAAAUUGAAACUUCUUGCGCUGACGGCGUAUCUAAAUCUACGUGGUCCAACGAUUUGAAAGCAAAAAAAUUGUGUUGGCGCGGCCGGAGUUGGAAAGAGGCGCUGGAAUUUGGUGGAUAGGAAACAGGAGCCGAAAAUAGUUUUGCACUUUUGCGUCUCGCCGCUCCAAAUACCAUCGAUUGGACGCGGCACCCGACUUCAAUCAGCGCCGUUCAUUGUUGGCAUUGUUGCCUUCAUUCUUCUACCAAAUUUCACUUUUAAUUUUACACCUUUAUCAUUUCCGCUUUCAAAUUAAUGAUGUGUUUAUAGAUUUUUUUGUUUUAACUUUUUUAAUUAUGUCGACAAUAUAUAUUUAGGUUUAGAAUUUUUUUUGCAAAAAUUUCAUUAUGCGUACCUAUUUUAAUUUUUAUUUCCACGAAAAAACUAUGAAUGAAUGAUUAUUCAGUACCGAAAU